UGCCCCCAGGCCCGGCGUGCCCGCCGCGGUGGUAGCGCAGGGGCCGGGGCACGGGACCCAGGAGCGCGGAGCCCACCACCGCGGCCGGAGGGGGACCGCACCUCGGGCCGUGGAGCACCGAGCGCGCCCUCCCGCCCUGGCCGCGGUGACCCAGCCGCGCCGACGCGCCAGAUUCCAACAAGAUCAUGGCGGAGCAUUGCCACACGCAGAAGCAGCUCGAUUUACAAAAUGGUAGCUUAGAGGCAAGCUUGGUGGCAAAUUCCCUUGAGGACGAUUCCCCAAACAUGAUGGAGAGCCUGAGCCCGAAGAAAUAUUCUUCCAGCCUGAGAUUUAAAGCCAAUGGAGACUAUUCUGGCUCUUAUUUAACCCUCUCACAACCUGUGGCUCCUAAGAGAAGCCCUUCCCCUCUGGGAACCAGUGUCAGGAGCAGCCCCUCCCUGGCCAAAAUCCAGGGAAGCAAGCAGUUCUCCUGUGAUGGGACUGACAAAAAUAUUUCCAUGAAACCGCCCACCCCUCUACUCAGCACUUCCCCCUCCCUCAGUGGGUACCCACUUGGGAGAGGGGACUUCGACCAUUAUACUGGCCGGGACAGUGAAAGGUCCUUGAGGCUCGCAGAGAAGCCUCCCUACUCCAAAUAUAGCUCAAGGAAUAAAUCCCACGACAAUGUCUACUUUCUCGGGGGGCUGGAAGGCCGGAAGGUGUCCGGCUCGCUCCUGGCCAUGUGGAACGGAAGUCCCCUGAGUGACACGGGCCCCUCUCCCAUCAGCAGAUCGGGGGCAGCAAGCAUGCCUUCAAGCCCAAAGCAAGCCAGGAAAAUGAGCAUCCAGGACAACCUGACCCUUCAGCCCAAGUUGAGCCAACACAAGGAGCCGGCAUCUGAAAACAUGGGUUUAAGAACUAGGAAGUAUUCGGGCAGCAGCCUGAGUCACAUGGGAGCCUACAGCCGCUCUCUCCCCAGGUUACACAGGGCCACCGACAACCAGCUGACACCCCUCAGUUUGCCUCCCAGAAACUCUCUGGGCAGUUCCAAACGAACAAAACUGGGGGAAAAGGAUCUACCUCAUAGCAUCAUAGACAAUGACAAUUACCUGAAUUUUUCUUCUUUGAGCUCAGGGGCUUUACCCUAUAAACCCUCAGCGUCUGAGGGCCAUCCUUACGUCAGUUCCACCCUCAGUGUCCCUGCCAGUCCGCGAGUGGCUCGCAAGAUGCUUCUGGCCUCCACCUCCUCCUGUACCUCCGAUGACCUUGACAGGGCUUCCUACUCUGGGCCUGGCCCAGGUCACUCGUUUCCUCCCGGGGAGCCGGACAGAGUGUUUGCCGCCAGGAGGAACUUCUCUUGUGGAUCUGUCGAGUUUGAUGAUGCAGAUUUGGACAGCCUCAGACAGGCCUCAGGAACUCCCCAGCCCAUCCUUCGGGAAAGGAAAAGCAGCAUCAGCUCCAUUUCAGGCCGCGAUGACCUGAUGGAUUAUCACCGGCGGCAGAGGGAGGAGAGACUCAGGGAGCAGGAGAUGGAGCGACUGGAGAGACAGCGUCUGGAGACCAUCCUCAGUCUCUGUGCUGAAUACACAAAGCCCGACCGUCGCUUGUCCACAGGCACCACCGUGGCCGAUGUGCAGAAGAUCAAUAAGGAGCUUGAGAAGCUGCGGCUCUCUGAUGAGGAGUCCGUGUUUGAAGAAGCCAUGGUGAGCCCUGACGCCAGGUACAGGUGCCGCCCGAAAGGCUCUCUCAACGAUGCGGACUCGGCAAUCUUCGGGAGCGUCGGGCAGAGCAGUUCUGGCUUCCUGUCCCCCAGGAGCAGCAGGAAUGAUGACCUGCUCAGGGACCUCACGCCUCCCUUUCUGAAAACUUCCAGCGAGUCUGCUUAUCUUAGUAUCCUACCGAAGACCCCAGAGGAUAUAAACGAAGAACAAAGGAUUCAGGAGUUGGCAGCAAUGGAAGAGACCCGGAUAGCAAUUCUAAAUAACCUCGAAGAACUUGAACAAAAAAUCAAAGAUAUCAAUGACCAGAUGGAUGAAUCUUCCAGAGAGUUGGAUAUGGAAUGUGCUCUUUUGGACGGAGAACAGAAAUCUGAAACAACUGAACUUAUGAAAGAGAAGGAAAUUUUGGAUCAUCUAAAUCGGAAAAUAGCAGAACUGGAAAAGAACAUCGUUGGUGAAAAGACCAAGGAGAAGGUAAAGCUUGAUGCUGAGAGGGAAAAACUAGAGAGGCUUCAGGAGCUUUACUCCGAGCAGAAGACCCAGCUGGACAAUUGUCCUGAGUCCAUGAGGGAGCAAUUACAGCAACAACUGAAGAGGGAUGCCGACCUGUUGGACGUGGAGAGCAAACACUUUGAAGACCUGGAAUUCCAGCAACUUGAGCGUGAGAGCCGUCUGGAUGAGGAGAAGGAGAACCUGACCCAACAGCUCCUGCGUGAAGUAGCCGAAUAUCAACGGAACAUUGUGACUCGAAAGGAAAAAAUUUCUGCAUUGAAAAAGCAAGCCAAUCACAUUGUCCAGCAGGCUCAAAGAGAACAAGAUCAUUUUGUGAAAGAAAAGAAUAAUUUAAUAAUGAUGUUGCAAAGAGAAAAGGAAAAUCUUUGUAAUUUGGAAAAGAAAUACUCCAGCCUCUCUGGGGGGAAAGGGUUUCCUGUCAACCCCAGUACUCUGAAAGAGGGCUAUAUCAGUGUAAAUGAAAUUAAUGAGCCAUGUGUCAAUUCCACGAAUCUAUCCCCUUCCACUCAGUUCCCCGCUGAUGCUGAUGCUGAUGCCACUGGGCCUACCACAGCUGUGCUGGUGAGCCAGCCACAAAAUAAAGAGCAAAGAUCACCUGUCUGUUCUGGAUUUAUGUUUCCUUCCACCCUUUCUCCUCAUCCUAUCACUCAACCUCCAUCAGCCCCUUGGCCCGAAGCCCUGGCUCCGUCUGUCGAUCCUUUCCUUUUAAAUGACACACCUCCUCCUCUACCAGCUAAGAAAUACAGAAGGCAGCGACAACAACAGGAGCAACAGCAUUUUAGAAGUCUGGAAGAAAGGAAAAAACAGCAUAAAGAAGGCCUCUAUCUGAGUGACACUUUGCCUCGAAAGAAAACCACACCUUCCAUAUCCCCACAUUUCAGCAGUGCUACUAUGGGGAGAAGCACCGCCCCGAAGGUUCACCUGCCCCUGGGACAGAGCAGUAGCUGCGGCAGCGUCCUCCCUCACUCGCUGGCAGCCGUGACCAAAGACUCAGACUCCCGGAGGGUGCUCAGAGGAAGGAUGAAUUUCUCAGCAGGAGCAAUUAGUAAUUCCAAAAGUUCAAGUAUCAAAGGGUAUAAUCACCAACAGAUGAGUGAAGGACAAAGGCAGAAAUCUUCUGAAUUUUACAACCGCACAGCAUCUGAAUCAAAUGUCUACUUGAACAGUUUCCACUACCCCGAUCACAGCUAUAAGGACCAGGCCUUUGAUACGUUGAGCCUAGACAGCUCCGAUAGCAUGGAGACCAGCAUCUCCGCCUACUCACCUGACAAUAUCUCUAGUGCCAGCACUUCAAAUAUUGCCAGAAUAGAAGAAAUGGAGAGACUUUUGAAGCAGGCUCAUGCAGAAAAGACCCGACUGCUUGAAUCCAGGGAACGGGAAAUGGAAGCCAAGAAACGAGCUCUGGAAGAAGAAAAACGACGGCGAGAACUCCUGGAAAAACGAUUGCAGGAGGAAACUAGCCAGCGGCAGAAGUUAAUCGAAAAGGAAGUAAAAAUCAGGGAGAAACAAAGGGCACAGGCUCGACCUCUGACACGCUAUCUGCCUGUCCGGAAGGAAGACUUCGAUUUGCGAAGCCAUGUAGAGACUGCUGGCCACAAUAUCGAUACCUGUUACCACGUGUCGAUCACAGAGAAGACCUGCCGAGGAUUCCUUAUCAAAAUGGGUGGAAAAAUUAAAACUUGGAAAAAACGAUGGUUCGUUUUUGAUCGGAACAAGCGCACAUUCUCUUAUUAUGCAGACAAGCAUGAAGCUAAAUUAAAAGGAGUAAUAUACUUCCAAGCCAUUGAAGAAGUGUAUUAUGAUCACCUCAAGAACGCUAAUAAGAGUCCUAAUCCAUUACUCACCUUUAGUGUCAAGACGCACGACAGAAUCUACUAUAUGGUUGCGCCGUCGCCGGAAGCCAUGCGCAUCUGGAUGGAUGUUAUAGUCACUGGGGCAGAAGGUUACACGCACUUCUUGUUGUAGUGAAUAACAGUCUACUUCAGGGCUGACUGCAAUAAUCUCUUACAAGAAUGAAGCCAUACUCAAUCCCAGAUGGAAAGACCCAACAGACCCAUCCCUCUCACUGUGUAUACUCAGAACUCCUUUUAUAUUAAUAGAAAGUCAUUUAUAAAAGAGAAAAAAGGGGUUUAGAUUCAAAGCUGGAUGAUAAAUAGCGAAAGGAUUGAAGCACCUAUGAGAAAAAAAAAACACUGUUUUGGUAAAUAGCAUCACUUAUAGGAAUAUUUCUUAUAAACUGUUUUUAUUGAUUGUUUACUUUGGUGAAAUAAACGGAAUGGUUUACAAAAUGUAUGUACUUGGAAAUAUGAAAUUAUUUUAGCACCCCAGUUAUUGGCAUUGACAUUAUUGGUUAUCAACUGGUAUUUUAAAAAGCAUUUUGCUGAAGGUUAUUUUAUAAAUAGAAGCAAAUAAGGGUUUGGAGGGGAAUAUAUUUUAGGAGGAGUUUUGCCCUAAUUAUUAAGUACUGCACCUAAACCAAAGACUUGAUAUGACUUCUGUUUAACAGUGGUAGUUUCAGGUGACGAACCGCAUUUAGUGUUACUCUACAUUUUAAAAUGGUACUUUGAUGCCAUCAACUGUCUAGAAAGUUGACUCUGAACAGUUACCACUGGUAUAAGCUACUGUACAUAGAAAGCAAAUCACUUUUUGUAAAAGAAGAAAAAACAAAAAGUUGUGUUUUAGAUAGAAGCCGUCUUAUUAGACAUUCUGUCUCUUUGAGCAAUUUAAAAUAAGGAGAAGAUUUCAUAUUUUGCUAAAGAUUCCUCCAUUCCUGGUGCUGAGAAUAAAGGUAGCCAGCAGCCGAUUUCCUGUAGAUUGUCUGUUUCCUCUUUUUUGUAGAACACACCUGUUAAAUGCAGCCUCACGUGCCAUAACGAUGAAAUCAGAGCUCUGUUUUCACCAAAGAACAGACCAAUUAAAAUACUUAUUUACAGAAGUAGCAUAGUUCUAUAAAAAGGAAAAUGAACUUUGACUUAAUGUUCUUUGUAAUGUACUAUUUUAUUAUGUAUUUCUUUACAUUUAGCCUUUGUUUUUUAGAGUUAAAUUAAUUUUUGUUGAAUGAAAUGACUUCAGGCAAGUCUCUUUUAUAACAGUUUUUCAAAUGACUUUAUCCUGGUUUGUCAUGUGUGUAUUUGCAAGUAUAAACAUACUCUUUCCUAAAAGUUGGCAAAUGAAUAGAAGUAGGAAAUAAUGGCUUUGCUUACUAGGACAGGGUGAAAUGAUUAGAUUGGAAGUGUCCGUAAAAUCUUUGUCAGGCCUGACGGGGUACAAUUUUUAAAACUUUGCAGUGUGGUUUGUAUACAUGUAUACAUGUUGCCAAUAAUAAGAUUUUGCAACUGGAUAACACAUGAUUUUACUUGAACAGUGGAGGACAAAGUCACGAUUGCAAAAGACAUUUUUAUAAUAUGUUUUUUCAGAGAUUACCCCAAACCCGUAAUGAUCUAAAAGAGUGAAAUGCAAUUGCUAAAAUUUUGUUGGUUAAUGUAAAGAUGUAACUUGUCUGUACUGUACUUUAUAGGAUUAUAAAGAUAUUCUAAUCAGCAUUAUAUUUUGCAUGAUGUAGUAAACCUUUUAAAAUGUGUGUUAAAAUAUGUUGAAUAUGGAUUAAAAUGUUGACCAGAUUUCACAUUUGAAAAUAAACUCAUCUCUCAUUAGGAGGUUACCUAUUGGUGACAUGGCAGGGGAUGGAUUAAUCAGCAAAAGUCAAUUGUGAAUCUCCACAAAAGUUGUUGUGUGCUAACAUUAUGAUUUGUAGUUUUAUAAAUUGAAGUAAUUCUAA